AUGGGGGAUUGGUUUGGACGAGCCAAGAUUGGCUUCACGCAUGCGCCAUCGCCAUUGACUCUGCAGAACAAGGAUGGAACGACAACAGAUCUCCUAAAGCUUUGCGAGACGGCAGUGCCUCCAUGCCAGCUCAACCCCUUCUUGUUCAACGGACAUGCCCAGACUAUGUACACGGCGGUUAACGAGCACGGGCCACACAUUUACUACCGCAGGCGCAUCUUUGACGCCGACCACAAGACUUACACUGGGUCCUUUGCUGCCGACUUUGCUGUCAGUCCGCACCAAGACGUUGACGAGACGCUUCCUCCGCGGACUGCCUACUUUGCGGAGGAGGACUUUGCCAAGAUCAGCUCCGACGACACGAAGCCAAUGCUCUUCAUCCUCCACGGACUCUCUGGCGGGUCUCACGAGGUCUACCUCCGCCACGCUAUUGAGCCGCUCGUCACGAACGGCGGCGGGUGGGAGGCAUGUGUUGUGAAUGCCCGCGGCUGUGCCAACAGCCCUGUGACAAGCGGCGUUCUGUUCAAUGCUAGAGCGACUUGGGAUUUGCGCCAGGUUGUGAACUGGGCGAGAAAGACGUUUCCAAACAGGCCCCUUUUCGGUCUCGGCUUCUCUCUUGGCGCAAAUAUCCUAACAAACUACGUAGCAGAGGAAGGCGCCAGCUGUCAAUUGAAGGCUGCCAUCUCUGUAGGGAACCCGUUUGACUUGGAGGUUUGCAACAAGGCUCUUCAGAUGACGAUGAUGGGGAAGGUAUAUCAUAGGGUCAUGGGAAACAACAUGAAGCGACUUAUAAACUCGCACAAAGAAUCUGUCCUCAAGUAUACCAACUUAGACUUGGAUCGUAUCCAACGUGUCACAUACCUCUACGAAUUCGACCGAGAAGUACAGACCGUAACAUGGGGAUAUCCGACUGAAAAUGCAUACUAUCGCGACGCGUCAUCCGCAGACGCCCUCCUCGCGAUCAGGAUUCCUUUCAUGGCCAUCGCAGCCUUGGAUGAUCCCGUUGCCGUGCAAGAAGGCAUUCCCUUUGGCGAGUUCAAGCUCAAUCCCUACACGGUGCUCUGCACGACGUCCCUCGGCGGGCACCUCUCGUGGUUCGAGUUCGGCGGGGGCCGGUGGCACGCCAAGCCCAUCUGCAACUUCCUGAACCUCAUGGUGUCCGAGAUCGACUUGGAUGCUGCCGCUGCCGCUGCCGCUGCCGUCAGCGAUAGUUCUGAUGGGAAAGAGCCCGAGUCCCCCCAGUUCAAGACUCGCUUCUCUCCCGUGAGGCGAAAGCUUGAGAUUCUGAAGGAAUAA